UGGCAGAGCCAGCCACGCACCGCACCGCGCAGCCAAUGGACGGCAGCCUCUUACCCAGCCACUGGCAGGGCCUCUGUGACGGGAGGGCCUCGGUUCAGCUCCGCGAACUGCAUUCCUGCAGAGACAGCCCUCUCCCAGCUGGUUUCUCAGCACAGCAAUCAUCCUUGCUGUGAUUCACUUCACAGCCAUCGCAAUGCCGUUGUAAAUGAUCGGUGCGAAGCCGGGGAGCGACGUGCCUUGCUGCCACAUAACCUGCCUCGGAAAUUCAGCUCUUGUUUCCCAUUUUGCAUUGCCACGGCUGCCUACCCAGCAGACCUGCUCACCAGAGCCAGAGGGAUGGUGGUAGUUACGGGGCAGAACAAAGUCAGUGGAAACCCGGAUGAUGCCAUGUCGAGCUCAGAUGCAGAGGAUGAUUUCCAAGAGCCGGCCACUCCUACUGCAACCCAGGCAGGACAAGCACUACCUCUGCUGCCUCAGCAGUUCCCAGAAGUUGUUCCACUGAACGUAGGAGGCAUGCACUUUACAACACGACUGUCAACUCUGAGACGUUAUGAGGACACAAUGUUGGCGGCGAUGUUCAGUGGAAGACACUAUAUUCCCACAGACGCUGAUGGCAGAUACUUUAUUGACAGAGAUGGAACAUACUUUGGAGACAUCCUUAACUUUCUACGGUCUGGGGACCUGCCACCAAGAGAGCGAGUCAGGCCAGUUUACAAGGAAGCACAGUAUUAUUCCAUAGGACCAUUGCUAGACCAUCUAGAGGAUAUCCAGCCUCUUAAAGGGGAGAAAGUUAGACAAGCAUUCCUGGGCCUGAUGCCAUAUUACAAAGAUCAUUUGGAACGGAUAAUUGAAAUAGCAAAGCUCAGAGCUAUGCAAAGAAAAGCAAGAUUUGCAAAACUGAAGGUCUGUGUCUUCAAAGAAGAGAUGCCCAUCACUCCCUAUGAAUGCCCACACUUCAAUUCGUUACGUUUUGAAAGGAGUGAAAGUGAGACAAAGCUGUUUGAACAUCACUGCGAAGUAGAUGUCUCGUUCGGCCCCUGGGAGGCUGUAGCUGAUGUCUAUGAUCUCCUGCACUGUAUCGUGACGGACCUGUCUGACAGAGGGAUAACUGUGGAUCAUCAGUGUAUUGGGGUGUGUGAUAAACACCUGAUAAAUCACUAUUACUGCAAGCGUCCUAUCUAUGAAUUCAAGAUUACUUGGUGGUGAGUUAUUUUGUCCUGAACGGUGCAGGACAGAAAAGGACUUUUAGACGACGAUUGCUUUUAAUAUAUUUGCAACGUGUCUCUGGAAAUGCAUUGCCGCUAACGUGAAUUGGAAUCAGUCUGCUGAAAUGUUGGCGAAUGCUUAAUUGCUCAGCAAAAGGAAACCUGUUACAGAGGCUGAGAAACCUCUGAAAUCUUGAAAACCAGCCUGAAACAAGACUGUUGGCUCAGGUACCUUAACGAGGCACAACGCAAAAUCACCUCAUGGUAAUGAUGGAGAGGAGCAUGUAACAUCUUAUAUCAAGUGCCACCUACCGUGUGGCUUUAGUGUCAUAGUCUGCAAAAUGGAGAUUGCAGAUCUCACCUGCAGCAUUACAAAGCCAGAGUGCUACUAAUGCUGACAUAACGUGGUUGAAUUUUACCCAUUUAGAGAUGUUUCAGUCACUACUUAAACCUGCCACUUUAUAAAAUGGAAUAACACCCAGCACAGAGAUUCUGGAAAUGUAAUUUAGAUGUAAUAGACCACUGAAAAAAUAGGAGUGUUCCCUAUAUAUUAUUAAUUGUUGUCAGAAUUAAGCUAUAUUUCAUUUUUAAUUAAGAAUCUGCAUUGUGAAUUAUAAUAUUAUAUUUCAGUUAUUUCCAUCGUUAGAAAAAGGAAUAGCAGAUUUGGAAUAUAUUCCUUAAUGCUAUUAGGAAUAAUAACUGUUCAUGGAAGACUUGUGCCUGUUUUUAGCCUUAGAAAUUCUAAAUGUUUACAGUAUCUACAAAAAAGAAGCUCUAUAGAAUCAGGUCAUUUGCAAAGGCUUUUGGUAAACAAGAAAACCCUAUAAGUAUGUUCCUAUUAGCAGAAGUAAGAGGAAUAUUUAAUGUAUAUUAUUUUAUUACUGACUCUUUUUACUUCCUGUGAUAUUAAAUUUUGUUCUAGAUUUAGAGUCGAAUGAUGAUAACAGACAAGUGCUUUCUGCACCUCACCUUUUUCAGACCGUUCAGUCUCAGUUUUCACAUUCUUGUGGAUCUUCCUGGUGUAGUACCAGAAAAAAAAAAAAAGAAUCAAUCUUCAUAUUCAAAUAUUUCUCCAAUUACCAACCAGUCGAUCUGAGUAGUAACUUUCUUCCCACAAUGAAAGAUGCAGCCAUCGCAGAGUCAUCUUCUUUUCUAAAGGUAAUUGAUUCACUUUUGAUGUUAGUAACCACAUCCCAAAGUGGAAUUUCUGCAUACCCAAACCUGAAAGGUAGAUCGAAACGUCUGAUGACAUUUCUGUGGUGUGAGGUACAGAAAACGCAAGUAUUUUUCAAAAAGACUCCACUUGAAGUGGUCUCAAAAUAAUCUUAAGGAGAGAGGGUAAGAAAAUGUUUGCACAUUGCAUUCCAUUGGAUUAGGUAAUCCAAGAAUGUUGCUUACUUAAGCAUUUGACCAACAUACUUCAGGAACGUGAUCAUUGCGAUGAUCAAAAUUCUCAGUUACCCGACGUUGUUUUUGGAGUAAUUCCAAGAAACUUUAUGAUCAAAUUGUCUUGCAAGAAAGAGGCAAAGAAUUUGCACUGACCAACCUUCAUCCCUGUAUUUGUUUAAUUGAGGAACUGUUAGUCAAUUUUCUCUCUGAGGUGGGGACUUCCAGCUCUAAGAUCUCUUUCCAACUGUUUCCUCACAGAGGAUCCUUGGCAGGUGCUGAGUUUCAAAUCAAAAGCUUAAAUUUUGAAAUGGAGGGAAGGAGGAAAAUCUGUGCAUUU